AUUCUACAGUCGACAUUUCAACCGGUCUUAAGAGAAUUCACGACUGACUGCAUCACCUGAGCUGCCGUAUGGGAUAUGUGCUUAACGGUACCCCUUACGCCUUGUUGCAGAUCUCUUGAUGUAGAAGCACUAAUGAACCAUUAGUCAAACCACUAGACCAAAAGGGCUUCCGCAUUUUUUCUAGUUGUUUAAUAUACACUUUCACAAUUUCUUAGAAAAUCUAUUGGAUAUGAGCAACGGAUCUGGAUUGUUCCCUCACAAUUUUCUAGCAAAAUUUCUAGGAAUUUACAAGGGAACUUUUUUUUUAUCAAAUACUGGGAAUAAAUCUACUCCGGAACUAGAAGAAGCGCCUAAAUUACUAAGAACAAAUAGUCAUUCAUUCCCAACAUAUGCAACAACAAUUUUUUUUAAAAAAAAAAUUACAAUAUUUUGAAUACAUUGUAAACUAAACAUAAACCAAACCAGUAGUAUAAUUAAUCUAAUAAUUUUUAAUUAAUUUAAGAAUUUUAAUUAAACUAAUUAAACCAUGUACUAAAAAAAUCCUAAACAACCCCUAAACUACCAAACCCUAACCUACCAAACUCUAAACAAAACCCUAAACUAACAAACCAUAAAAGAAGCCCUAAUCUACCAAACCCUCAACAAAACAUUAAACUACCAAACCCUAAACGAAGCCCUAAACUACCAAACCAAAUCUACUUACCGUAUACCAAACGCUAAACUACAUUAAAUCAAACCCUAAACUACGAAACACCUAAACACUUGUGGUGGUGGCUUGCCGCGGGCGUUCCUGUGUGGGCUUUCUCCGGCGAGGCGAGGAAAGAUAGCUGGAGAGGAGAUACGACAAGGCUCUGAGUAGGUGAGAGAGUGAGUAGAUCCGAUGAGGCUAUGGCUCAAUGAGAGAGAGUUGAUCCACAGAGGUUGUGAGAACGAGGAAGAAGAGCACCUUUGGCAAGGAAGAAAGUUGGCUUCGGCGAGGAAGAAUAGUAGAUCCGACGAGAGUGAGAGAAAACAAGAUCAGUUCGGCGUCAGGAAGAGGUCUCCGGGUUUCGUUUAUGGGUUUUUGUAAAUAAUUCGGAAAAUCAAUUCUAGUUUAUUACAAGUUUCAUUGUGUGUUUCGGUUUUGGAACAUGAUUCCCAACACUUAAACUAAUUUCCUGAUAUACUCCAUAUCUAGUUUGUCAAGUUUCUGACACUGGACAAAUUUCCCGAAAUAUUUACCGAAGUACAUUUUGAAACACUAUACUUUCAUAUUAAAUACAUUAUCCAAAACCAAAACCGUAAAGAAAACCCAAACGAAACCCCAAAACAAUUUUUCUUAGGUUAUGUAGAUUCUUGGUCUGGACUGCUGAACCGGCUGGGGUUAGCUGUUGAAGCCGGAUUUUUCAAUCCGGACUCUCUGUUCGGUUAGUGUUUGAAGGUCAAGACAUUGAAGGCCGGUGGUAUUGGGUCUAUUCUGGAUAUGCGCCUCCGACGUUAAUACUAUUAGUACAAGCACAUCAAACAGAUCCUUUGGUUACUAAUAGUUUGGUCACAUAAUAGAUUUUUGAAAUAGACUUAGUUUCGUCGUGCAUGUACUUGAAGUCGAAUUUAGGAGGAUUAAGGGAUGAUUCAUCUGAAUCGUGGAGUGAAUUCAUCUAAAUGUAGUUGAAAAUACAAUGAUGGAGAUUAAGUAGACUUGAAUCUAAUUUAGUGAUUCAUAGUGAUACUAGAUAACAUUAUAGUACCUGUAAUAUAAUCUAUGUUGAGGUUAAAGCUUUGUACCAAAAUUAAUGUGAAGUUGAGCAAAAAUAGAAAAAGAAAUAAAACAUUUUUGGAAAUGGCUUAAAGACGUCUUGGAGAUGCUCUCAUGUCAGCGGUUAUUGUUAAUAACCGGAAGAUGCCAAAGAACUAGAGUUUGGAAUCUUGUCGGUUAUUGAUCCGGUUUAUCAUCCCUGCGAUCGAUUUCCAUAAGCUACCUGGUUUUGAUCUCCAUAACUAGUACUAGAGUUUGAAGAUCCCAAACGUGAAGGAAAGAUAUGGAAAAAAAACCAAGAAAUCUUUUUAUGGUUUCUUCUCUUUUAAUGGCGUUUUUAUUUGCUUAUUCUGCAUCUGUACAGCUUAAUGAUUCUGAUUGGUAUCUUUGGUUUCCUCUGUACGCACUAGCUUCUGCAGUUAAUCUGAUCAACUCCAGAAGAAUAUGUAAUAAAUCAAGAAGAAUUAGACAGAUGACGAGUACAGCUCUUAGCUUGGGUUUGUUCUUGUUGGUUAAAGUCAUUACGGAGGAUGUCAUAACAGAGAGAGUUGGAAUCUUGUCUUUGGAUCUCACUCAUAGAGUUGUGAGAGAGAAGAUCGGAAGUGGUUUGGUGAUAGCUUCUAUGGUUCUGCAACUACAAGCUUCUUGUUCAAAACGGAAAGAGAAGUCCGUUGACUUUGGGAUGGCUGCAACUGUAAUCUUUGGCUAUGGACUUCCCUUUUGGUUCUUCACUAUACAGAAUGGAGAAAUCAAGAUUUGACUCCUUUUCUUGUUGGUUAUGUAUGUUUUAUUCAUUUUGCAACUUGUUAAUUUAUAUCGCAAGAAAUUUUCACCAACAUAAAAUUUGAAUUUUCUUCAAUCUGUAACAGAAAAACGAACAAUAUUUGGUCGAUCGCAACAUGCAAA